UGCUGCAGAUCACGAGGAAGUAAAAAAAAAUAUAUAUCUGUAGAGCAUUUACAAGCCCAACAAAUAAUGUCAAGUCAGCCUUUCUACUGUGACACAAAAGACUUAAGUGCUGAGAAGCAGGUGUGGUUGCUUAAUGCUGUGAAAACAGGUAGCCUUACCUUCGGCCAGGCUCUUAAUCACAUAAAUAAAGGUUGUUCAAAAAUGGAUUCUGUGAAGAGUCAAACUUCAGUACCCCAGCUAAGCAAUGAGAAAAUACUGAAGAUCAUGAACUUGGUGAAGACAGGCGAGCUUACCGUGGAAGAAGCUAUUGCUCUGGCAGAAAAGGAGAAAUCGUCAGAAAAGGAUCAUUCCAAAGAACAAAAUGGGGGUUCUGGAAUGUUGCAGGACACUUCACAGCAUAAUUUCAGUGUUUAUAAAUACAACAGAUACAGAUGGCAAAAAAGAAUUCUACAGCUUGAUUUUGGUGCAAAGAUCAUGUUCAACAUAGAGAAGGGGAUUAUAAAGAAGCAGUUCUUAUUCUCUCAAAUUAAAUCCUGCGAAGAUGGUGAAGGACUGCGAUUUGCUAUUGCUUUUCAGGAUCGCCAGGACUAUGAACUUGAAGCAUUUUCUAUAGAAGAUAAAAGAAAUAUCAUUCAGCUUGCAAACAAAAUAAUUCAGAACAAUAUAUAUGCCAGUCCUGUGCAGCAAGGUAGUGUCUUUUAUGGUACUCCAGUAAAGGCAGAUGUACUACGCGAAGGAAUGCUUCUUAUGCAGAAGGGAGGUUUGGCUUCAGUGAAGUGGAUAAGGUACUUUGCACAGCUGCGAGAAGGAGAGCUGAGUUUACAAAAUAACGGACUCAGUGAAAGCAACAUCAGGUUAGAAUCUUCACCUCAUGUGAUUCAUUUAUCUGACGGUAAUGUGAGUGUCAAUAAAUCCCAUCGAUGUGAGUCAUUCUCAUUGCAGACCAGGAAAAACAAUUAUCUGUUCAAAGUGCCAGUAAAUGCACUUGAAAGCGGUCCUGAUGAUGCAAAGAUUCUUCGAGAUGAGUGGGUUUCAGCCAUUGAUAAAUGUUCUCGUAAGUGGCAGCAUGAAUAUGAGACAAAACCAAAAAACAACAAUGAUGAGUUAUAUGAGGCUAUCACUGACGAUCCUCGACCAGCAGUAAUAUCCAUGACCAAAGAUCAUGGACCCAUGUCUCCCACUUCAGAAAACCUGUCUCAGUCACUAUACACACCAUUACCAUCACCAAAGAAUUUUACUUCUUUUCAGCUGCCUCCUUACCACUUACCACCGAGACAGUCAUCCUCACCUACAUUCUUACCUACACCACUUUCUGCACAUAGACCUGUAAUUCCACCACCACCACCAACAAUAUAUGAACUGGGAAAAACAAAGGCCAUUCCUGUUCCUCCACCACCACUCCCUUCUGCUUUACACCUGUCACCUGCAUGCAAGAAGACAAAAGCUUUUCACUGGGACAUCAUUACUACUGAAAAGAUUCACAAAUCAUUUUGGGAGCAGUGUGACUCAGACAGACUGCAAAUUGAGUCUUCCCGACUUCUUGACCAGUUUGGUAUUCAGGAAACAGGCCUUCAGACUGGCAGUGAUUCUUCAGGAAACACACAAAUCUUGCUAAACUCAAAAAUUGCACAUAAUUUUAAUAUUGUCCUUAAACGUUUUAAUGUGAGGCCACAUCAACUAAAAGACAAAUUGUUUAUCAUAAGAGAAGAGGAUGGUGGCCUGACGGAUGAACAGAUCACAACAUUAAGAAGAUAUGUCCCCACACUAGAUGACAUAGAAACAUACAAAGCAUGUACAAUACCACCUGUUGAGUUACAUUUGGUUGAUCAGUUUAUGAUGGAGAUGUGUAACAUACCAGACUUAAGCAAAAAGCUUGACCUAUUGCUUACAAUACGGGAACUUCCAGAAAGCAUGAAUGACCUUUAUCCUCUAAUAACUCAGAAAAUUAAAGCAUGCUUACAGCUGAAACAAAGCACAAAGUUUAUCCGAAUCCUAGAAUAUAUUUUAGCAAUUGGGAAUUACCUAAACCAAAAUGCUGGAAAAGUAAAGAUAACAGGAUUUCGUCUUUCUUCUCUGACAAAGUUAACUCAGUUGCGAGGAAAGGAGAGAAGGUUCACCUUGCUCCAUGCCCUUGUGGAACAGAUCUUAUUACAUGAACCUGACUUAGCUACAUUUUUUCAAGAGUUGACAGAAUUUGAGGUGGAUCCCAGUGCAUCAAUAAAAGGCCUUAUUGCAGAAGUUGAUGUUUUAAAGAAUGAACUUGAAAAAAUCCAUCAGUUUAUGAAGGGUUUCAAACCUAAAGCCAACAAGGUUACUCCUGAGACACAGUUCUACAAAGACUUGAAGGAUGUAAGUGAAAAAUAUGAAGCAGAUCUUUACCAGCUGAUAAAAUCAUGUAAUGAAAUGAAGAAGCUGUACAGCGAUCAACUGGUAAUGUUUGGUGAACCUCAAGACCAAGAUUCACAGGAGUUUUUUGGAUGGAUUUCAUCAUUCCUGAAUGAUUUUAGAAAAAUCUAUGAAGAAAUUACAAAGUGAGCAUUAUAACGAAGAUACCAAAGAAAAAGUAAUGCAUUUCAUUGCAUCUGGACUUCUACACAUCCUAAUUUUAUUUUAUACUUUAACAUAUUAUGCAUAUACUUUUUAGAAAGGAACACAAAUUAAAUGACAUGCAAAGCAGAAGGCAUGCAUUUUCAGAUUUGCAGAAUUAGUUUGUGAGUACCUAGUCAACAGUUUCUUAGUUUCAGGCUAUAAUGGAAGCUUACUAGUUGUCAAUAUGUGUUAGCACCUGCUUCUGGUAAUAAAUAGAGAGGUAGCAGGUGUGAAUGACAGGUACAUCUGUGAAUACACUGCAUAAAGCAAACUUUAAAGUGAAAGUAUAUUUGCAAACUGUUAUUUAAAGUAAGAUCUACCACAGCAAUGCAUGAAACACCUGCAGAAAGUAAGCAGGGCCCUUAAAUACUGAUGUGUUCUGUGAAUGAGAACUUUUUGUAGUUUUUUCUGUGUUACCUAUUCCCACUUCUUUUAACAAUGCACAUAAAAAUGCAGGUGUUCUAGCAUUUAGAAAGAAAGCAAAACUUAAUCAUGAGAUAAUAUUAAACAAUGACAACCCAGCUGUAGUUGCAGAAUUUACAGUAGAGCAAGUAUUAUUAAAACUAUUACAGGAUGAAAUUCUAACAACAGCAUUUGAUUUCUUCCAGUUUCAAAAUUAUGUAGCAAAUAUGCAGCUAGCUGUGCCCAAGGCAAAGGUAUAAAAGUUUAUAGGUAACUGUUCAGUGUGCGCAGUGAGCAGUGAGAAGUUUAUAAGAGCUUCGUUGAUGAUGAGGUUUUUACUUGUAGAGCAGUAACGCAUCAUGUAAUUCAGUGAACUAAAACUGAAUGCCGGCCUGGGUUCAAAACUUGGACAGUGUAUUUACUUUACAUAUCGAAGUCUAACUUUAGUUAUACAUGACACUACUUUAAAGUAAAUGACUUUCACAAUUAUGAUGCAGUUUUCUGUGGAAUUAGUACUUUUUGACCUGCUGCUUUUGAAACAUAUUGCACAUGCUCAUUAUACUUGUCAGAACUGAAGCUCUAGUGACUUUUACGGACAUAAAACAGUAGCAAAAAGAUCAGCCAUUAACCUGAACUACUGAUAUAUUUAUUGUUUAAUACUUAAAUAAAACAAGGUACAGAAUUUAUAGUCAGGGUCCAAAAAACAACCAGCACACGCUGCUCUAGAAGGUCAAAUAGCAUAGCUCAGAGCUGAUGCAGUAUAAAUACAAAUAUGAUUUGCUUAACUUCUAGUAUCUCUGCUUUAUCAUUUAAACAUUUUUGUCAGCAUAAUGUAACUACUUGGAACUGUGACACCCCAUAAUUCUUUUUAUUCAAAUUCUGUUAAGGUCUGUGCAGAAACCGAUCUGCAGUGUAUAGUCAGCACCACAACGCUAUGCGAGUAUUGUCACCAGGUUCUGAAAUUUAUCCUUUAGAAUAAUAUGGUGCACACCAAAAUUUACCAGCAUACUUUGCAUGGUUAUGACCAUAUAAUGUCAGGCAGUUGUACUGGAAGAAUUGGUUUUGAAUCAUUCCAGCAUCUUAAUCACCGAUUUGAUCCUUAUCUGUAUCAGGUAUUUUCCCAGGUGAUCUUACACAGUCUGCAUGCAAACCUAUGCAACUUGUUUAUCUACAUUUUUUUUCUGAAUUGUAUGUAUAUUGUGGAGUGUUUAACUGGAAAUAUAUUGUCAUGUCUAGUCUUCAAUGAAUCUCCUUACUCUGGCCUGGGGAAGGAAGAGACAGGAUACAGGGAAAAUGUGAUAGAAACAGGAGAUGUUUGAUGCAUUAACAACCGUACUGGGAAGAAAAGAAACACGGAUUCACUUGAAUUUAUCAUCUCCAUUUGUUAAUAUAGUUUGACCUAUAUAUUUUCUUUCUAUAUUUCCUAUUUUUCCCAAUGCCUGUGAAAUUUUCACCGUUUUAAUUAUAAUGUUAUUUAGUUCUGGAUUUCCCAGUACAUCAAAAACUGAUUUAUUUCAUCAGCUGAAAUAAAAAGAGCUUUUAAUAGUGUUGUACUUCGCAAUAAUAUUUUUUUCUAUGAGCUAUAUGAAAUUUUGUUAACAGACUACAGUACUAAAUAUUUCUUCUUACAUAAAAGCAACCUCAGCUGUGCAAAAAUCUGAUAAUAAAUCAAAUGUGUCUUUUUUAUGACCAUUUUAUAUUUUACAGUUGUUAAGAUUAUGAUAUGAACUACUGAUUGCCAUACAUAGAUGCUGAAUAAAGUUUUUGUAGUUAUUUUA